GUAAUUAAGGUUGGGGCUUCCAAGUAGGCCUACCUUGUGUAUACAAUCUUGGCAUUUUGUACCAUUCAGGAAUUUCCCCUUGACCUUGUGAAGGUUAUUGUAUGAAAGGAGGACGAGAGUGGGGGUGUUGUGCUUUAGUUCAAAUUCUAUGGAUCAAGAGCUGGCUGAAUGUAAAAGGCAUGUGGACAUGGGUUCACUGGGAACCGAAUAGGCAAAAAGGAGGGACUAACCUGAACUUGUUCAAUAACAGAUGCAGAUCCCCCCUCACAUGUUUUUGCCCUAAUGAAUACACCCCAUGGGGAGGCCCCAUGUUCAGGCCCUGGUAUGUUGCCACUGUUCCCCCCUCACUUCCCCAACUGGGCCAGAGAGGCCAGCUGUGGAGAGUGUGUGCUCUGUUUAUGGAAAAAGUGUAGGGGGGAGCAAGGAGGAGACAGUGGUUUAUGGAGCAGCACAGUUUCUCAGUGAGUUUGGGAGUGUUAGUUGGCUGUUAGGCUAAAUUAAUUAGUUGAUUUGCUUUUCCAUUUUAGUGAGAGUUUCAGAGCUGUGGUCUCUGUGGCUACCACCAAAAUCAGUCAAAGUUGACAAAUGUUUGUGUAUCAAACCUCAAAUUCACAUUUUAUACAGCCUGCUCUGUGACGGUGACUAUUUAUCCAGAGAAACAACAAAGAACAUUGUUUCCUAGUAAUGAUUUAAGUGACAACGUUACACUAUACCCUAAUAAUGUUUUUAGCCCUGUCAUAUAGUUCAACUUUCUUGUUUGUGUUAAGUAAGCUGUGGCCCCUCCUUGAUUCUCUGGUUUUCUGGAAGCAGGCCACCCACACCACUCCCUCUCCACCACUCCCCCUUCUCUCUAGUCAUAGUCAGACACAAGCAGACUGGUUGAGUGGCAACACACUACGAGAGGGGGGAAAAUAUCUGUAGAAUUGAAUGAGCUGUUUUAAGGGAGCCCUAGCUAGUCUCCCCCUCUGAGCCCGGGAAGUAGUGGAAAACGUAAGAAACGCUGCGCCUAUUCUCCGAGUAGUUCUGAAACGAGCACGAGGGGUAAAGACCGCAUCUCUAAAAACGACUUCCUUCAAACCCCUGGAACUGUGACUGUCCUGAGGAGAACACUCCCCUCACACACUCCCCAACUGACCGUGGAGGCGUGAGAAGAGCCGUGGAGAGGAGCAGCUGACGCGAAACAGACGAAGCACAACAAGGAAGAGAGUAAAAAGGAGAGGGGGAGGAGAAGAUGGAGGCCUUGCUUCCUGUGUUGCAGCGACACCCUGGAAUGUCUGUGUUGGUGUGGGCUCUGAUGUUCCGGGUGGCCCACCGACUACUACAGAAUCUGCCUGUGCCCAAAGCGGUAGCGGUGGAUGACUUCCGCUCCUGGAAGUGGAGGAACCUGUCGGUCUCUAUGGUCCACUCCCUCCUGACAGGGACUUGGGCUGUGACCUGUGUGAUCAUUUCGCCUGAGUUGGCAACCAACAUUCACUCCUUCUACACGGCCCCGGCCUACAUGCUCAUCUGCAUCUCAUCAGGAUACUUUGUACAAGAUGCAGGUGACAUCAUUCUAACUGGUCAUGCAAGAGGAUCCUGGGAGUUCUUAAUUCAUCAUGUUCUGGUGCUCUGGUGCUUCCUGUAUUCUCUGUACUCGCACCUCUACGUGGCCGGUGCUGUGGUGGCUCUCUUUGUGGAGGUUAACAGUGUCACCCUGCAUUUGAGGCUAAUGCUGAAGCUAGCAUCACAGCAGUCGUCCCCUCUGUACCAAAUCAAUAAGUUCCUCAACCUCUUCACCUACAUCGUCUUCCGCCUCAGCGCACAGUUCUACCUCACAUAUUACAUCGUCCAGAACUACUCCUGGAUGGACAAAGGAGGCUACUUCCUUGUUACCAUGACUCUCAUGAACACCAUGAUCCUGAUCUACUUUUAUCGUCUUCUCCGCGCCGACUUCUUCCCCUGGAGCAGGGCUCACAUGGAGCAAAAUGGCACCCACAACAACGUCAAAAAGUUCCUCACUGAAUGACACCGAUAGUGACAUGAUCGUAUACCAGAUGUUGUGUUUGGUGUGUUUGUUCGGUUACACAUCUCAUCGCAUUGUGUCAAGCUGUGACUUUAUUAUUAUUAUUAUAACAACAACAAAAAAGCUCUCAAAGGCUCGUGUUGUUGUGAGAGGCGGCCAGGAAAGGAUGUGGACAGUGGUACAUGCCCUAUAGUGAUGAUUAUGCCCACUGUGGCUGAAGAUCCCUCACUCACACUAACUGGGUAGCAUACAGUGAGAGACUGGUCUGUUCACACUGACUGAGAGAAUCCUACUAAAUUACUUCCAGGAUACUGUGCCACUUUUGCUUCUGAUCAUAGCUAAUACAAUUGUUAACAAUAUAGGAAUUUACAUGAUUCAUGUGGAAUGCUCUUUUACAGAAAAAAUGCUAGCAAUCAUACAUGCAUACAGUAGAGAAACAAACUGCCAAGGAUAACAGGGACCACCUUGGUUGCUGUACAUCCCACCCCACAAAUUCUGUCAGGUGUGGCUUAGCAACAUAGUUUUAUUGAAAUUUCCACUAAUAGGAUUUUGUAAAUGUACUAUAAUACAAUCGAUAUCUGACACUAACAAACUGUCAGACAAUACAUCUGUUUCACUUUCAUUCUUCCCUGUUUGGUCUCAAAAGGUCAACACCAAUACAUGGGUGACUGACAUUCUUACAACAGCGACCAUUCUUUUCAUUCCAUAAAUCUAACGUAGUGAAAUGCAUGUAUCCCCUGGAAAGUAGCUGAAUGUACAGCUAGGUCAAUUUUAAUUUAUUUGAGGUUACAAGAAUUGCUUCUCUUCAAGUUAUUUAUCAAAGUGAACCAAACUGAAACAGACAGGUCCAGUGGAUGGGUUAGCCAUAGUAGUGCCUAUACCGCAGUUCCUUCGCAACAAUUUUCCCUGGAUAGCCACAUAGUAUGUCUAUAGACAGUGUUGGGGAAGCUACUCAGCAAAAAAAAAAAAAUAAGCUUCUUCUCA